AUGUGUUUCGAACGAGGGGCACAUUGUGGGCCCGGCCAUCAGCCUUGCUUGGCAAAUGGUGCAGAAUACGACACUGCGUGGCUCAGUGGCUGCAGUGUAAAGACACAUCUGGUACAAGAGUGGUGGGAACGGGAUUGCGACAGAAUCGAAGAGACGGUUUUGAGCUACGUGGCUGAAUUGUAUUACCGCUCGGCUAAUGGAACCCACCCCGUGGCGGCGGUGUUUGGGCCUGUCUGCACCUUUGCCAUUGGAAUCGUGGCGGAUCUACUGCAAAAUUGGAAUCUUCUGCUUCUGGAAGGGUCAAGUAUCGCCACUUUUCUGGCUAACCGCGUGCGCUAUCCGAACAUCAUAGGCUUUUCCUUUACCCACGUUCGAGCCGGCACAUUUUUCUACCAAGUAAUUAAACUUUUCAACUGGACCGAUGUCACGGGGAUUUAUGACGUGGAGGACCCAGUGUGGCGGGCCAUGUACACCAUGAGCGAGUAUCUUGCCAAGAAGACGGAUCUCCGAUUGAAAGCACGACCGGUGUUCCUGACUAAGAACAAGAACGACAUGUACGCAGAUAUCGUGCGUGUUAUUCGGGAGGCCCAUCAAAGGUCACGAAUUAUCAUUAUUAUGGGAAAUAUUAAAGUUGUCCGAAUGUUGAUGCUAGCUGCGCAUUCCUUGGGAUACACAAAGAGAGAUCAUGAUGCACGAGAGGCGUAUCACAGUUUGUUUCUGGUUAAGCAACGCAUACCAUCUUCACCGCAAUUUCGAAAAUUCGAUCGUACGGUACAAGAAAUGGCUAUACGCGAUUACAACCAAUCCAUUCCGCCAUAUGACGAGGUUAACAUCCAUGCUAUUGGGUUUUAUGACGCCAUUUUGUCUUAUGGUCAAGUGGUUAACGAAACGCUUGCGGCUGGGGAAGAUAUUUUCGAUGGAAGGAAGGUGGCCAAUCGCUUCACUAAUCGGACGUUUCAUGGGAUACGUGGUGAAAUCACCCUCGACGCGCACAAUAAUCUUGGUGGCCAUUACGAGCUAUACAAUUUUCGCUACAAUACCGGCAUUUUUGUGAAAGUGGUCGACUUCCCUGAGACGGCUCAAGUAGCAAAAAUUGUGGCUGACAUUGAGUGGCCGUAUUUGGAUAAACCACCUCCAAAUGAACCAUUCUGUGGAUUCACCGGAAGCAACCCUAAAUGCGACCCUGCUAAAAGUCCAACCGUGUUUAUUGCUGCUGGAUCGGCCGCUGUUGGUGUAAUACUUCUCGUUUCCGCUACAACUGGAACCAUAAUGUACGUACACAUGCAUUGA